CUUGGAGGAGAGGAGACGCAUCCUCUGCGCAGUGGUGGUAGCAAAAUCUCCCAGUGAGCGUCGGAUUCCUCCUAGACUUUGGGCUCAUUUCUCUGAUUACCAUUACUUAUUUGUAUUUGUGGUAUCCGAUACUUGGAUCGUAAUGUGGAUUUACAAGUUACUGCUGACUCUCUACGUACUCUCUUACUCAGAGGGUAGAAGAAAUGCACUGCAAGACUACCAGAGGACUGAUGGCGUGCGUCUGUUUGUCACAUUUCCAAGCUCCUCCCACAUGACCAAAAGUAGGAAGGUCAGCAUGGCCAAGUGCGCUCGGAUCUGCAGCCGCAACAAAAAACUCCCUUUCACCUGCAGAGCGUUCCUCUAUGAUCAGCAAAACAGGAAAUGCCAGUGGCUGUCUUUUGACCGUAACUCGCCUGUCGCCCAGAUGCAACACGACUUGAACGUCCAACUGUAUCAAAAGAAAGACUACAUUCGCGAGUGCAUCAUUGGUACCGGUGAGAGCUAUAGAGGUCGAAGGUCGAUGACAGUCACUGGAAUCCUGUGCCAGUCCUGGGCCUCCCCUAUUCCUCAUGAACACAAAUUCAUGUCCAAGCGCUUCAGCAAGAAGGACCUCAGGGAGAACUACUGUCGAAACCCGGAUCACUCCACCGUCGGACCGUGGUGCUUCACCACCGACCCACGCCACAGACACCAGGAGUGUGGAAUACCGCAGUGCUCUCAAGUGGAGUGCAUACAUUGCAACGGGGAGGAAUACAGAGGACCCAUGGACCACACAGAGAGUGGAAAAGAAUGUCAACGCUGGGAUCUGGAGGAGCCACACAAGCACCUGUACCAUCCCGACAGGUAUCCCAACAAGGGCCUUGAUGAUAACUACUGCAGGAAUCCAGACGGACGUCACAGGCCCUGGUGCUUCACCACGGACCCAAACACAAGCUGGGAAUACUGUGCCAUCAAAGUUUGUGAAUCUCCUCCCAAAAGAACCACGGUGGAAACCAGCGAGUGCUAUCAGGACAAAGGAGAAGCUUACAGGGGGACGGUGGACAUGACCCCCACUGGUCUCACCUGCCAACGCUGGGACUCUCAGUACCCCCACAACCACUCCUUCAUCCCGCAGGCGUACCCUUGCAAGGAUUUGAAAGAAAACUACUGCCGGAAUCCAGAUGGCCAAGAAUUCCCAUGGUGCUUUACAACGGACCCGAGAGUACGCACCAUGUUGUGCACCAACAUCCCUCAGUGCGGCUCCCAAAACAAGCCUGACUGCUACGAAGGCUUCGGAGAGAAAUACCGAGGGGAGCAGUCGAGGACAAGAUCCAACCUGCUUUGCGCCCCUUGGGCGGAGCACAGCAACAGCGGCGAGAGAGGAGUGACAGUUGCAAGCCUUGAGAGGAACUACUGCAGAAACCCUGAUAAGGACAAGCAUGGAACAUGGUGUUACACCAACAAUUCUGCCAUUCGUUGGGACUACUGCAAUGUGAAACCAUGUGAUGCUUCCCAGAACACCAUUUCACUAGGUGAGCUGUCCUCUGUUGGCUGUUUCAUCCAUAAGAGGCCCCGAAUCGUCGGAGGAGGUCCGCUGAGCGUGUCAGCCGGCAGCUGGAUGGUCAGCAUACAAAAAGGGUCAGCGCACUGGUGUGGGGGUUCGCUGGUACGAGAGGAGUGGGUGCUCACAGACAGACAGUGCUUCUCCUCAUGCGUUCCAGACCUAAGCGAGUAUCGGGUGUGGCUGGGCGUGUCCAAUAUUGCAGCCAACACGUCCGAAUGGGCCACGAGACAGGAAGUGCGCAUCGCGCAGGUGAUAUGUGGCCCCGAAGGUUCCAGUUUGGCCCUGCUUAGGCUCUCCAAGCCUGCACUCCCCGCUGACAACGUGCACACCAUUCAGCUGCCCAUAGACGGCUGCUCCAUCCCUGAAGGAACCCUUUGUAAAAUGUAUGGAUGGGGGGAGACCAAAGGUACAGGCCACGACGAUGUCCUGAAGGCAGUCAACCUUCCGAUGGUGAGCAACGAACGAUGCCGAGAGCUGCACCGGGGCAGCCUGCACAUCACAAAUAGCAAAAUCUGCGCGGGAGGACGCAGGAACGAGGGCGUGUGUGAGAGGGAUUACGGCGGUCCUUUGGUGUGUCAGGACGGUGAAAUCAAAGUCGUGGUCGGUGUGAGCGUCCACGGCCGAGGCUGCGCUCGCUUCAACCGGCCCGCCAUCUUCAUCAACGUGCCGUUUUACACAGAAUGGAUCUACAAAGUCUUCAGGCAUUACCCCGAGCCGGACCUGAGCACCGCAUAACACGCAGCCAGGUUGUUACGCCGACAUCGGAGCUGGCAAAACUACUCGGGAGGACUCCUCGGCUUGUAGGUUGUAUGCGGAUGACAGGAUUGCUCUAUAAUGGUGGAUGAUGAAGACAAAUGGAAGAUUUAAACACACCGGGAACAGAUGUCACACUCGCUCUGACAGCAAACAAUGGUAAUUUAACUCCCCCC